CUAAUGCGCAUGCGUAUUACACCGGAUGACGUGUUGGGACAUUGUAGCUUCGUGGAAGAUUUACAAAAACAUUUUUGGCUAAAGAAUUUCAAACACAGGUGCAUUUGUGAAAAACUAUACGCAGGUCAUUUAUUGACAAUAUGUUUUCUGUUUUUGCGGUAUUGUCUUUCUUAGUUAUAGGUGCAAAUGCCUUUUAUUUACCUGGUUUGGCACCUGUGACCUACUGCGAAGAGGGUGGCACAACAGAUAAAGCUGAAUGCAAGGUUGAUGUUCCAGUGUAUGUGAACAGAUUGAACUCGUUAGAAACAGUGAUACCAUAUGAGUAUGAUAAAUUUGAUUUGUGUAGUGAUGUUGAAGAUGAUCAUUCCCCAGUUGAGAAUCUUGGCCAGGUUGUGUUUGGAGAAAGAAUCCGUCCAUCUCCAUAUAAGCUGAAGUUUAAACAGGAUGUGAAAUGUGCUAAAGUCUGUCAGAAAGAUUAUGAUCCUACGAAGAAAGAAUCAUUGACUAAACUGAAUUUUAUGAGGAAGAGUAUUGAACUGAACUACAAUCAGCAUUGGAUUAUUGACAACAUGCCUGUGACCUGGUGUUACUUGGUUGAGGAUGGCAACCAGUAUUGCUCACGUGGGUUCCCACUUGGAUGUCUGGUUACUAAGCAACUCAAGAAGAAAGAUAGUUGUGUUAUGAGUGCCAGGUUCAGUGAAGCUAACACCUAUUAUUUCUUCAACCAUGUGGAUCUGACAAUUGUUUAUCACCCUGGAGAUACGGAGGAAUGGGGCCGAACAAUGCCCAAUGGUGGAAGAAUUAUAUCUGCAAAGAUUGAACCAAGGAGUGUGGCAUUUGAUGAAAAGGCAACUGGUGAAGAAAUGUGUAAUAAUGAAAACCCAUUGGGAAUUAAAGGUGGCAAGUUAGAGAAGCCAACAUCUGUCAGAUAUACAUACUCUGUCAAGUGGCAGGAGGAUAGAAACACAAAAUGGUCGUCAAGAUGGGAUUAUAUCCUUGAAUCAAUGCCACAUACCAACAUUCAGUGGUUCAGUAUCAUGAACUCCCUAGUGAUUGUGCUGUUCCUGUCUGGUAUGGUUGCUAUGAUUAUGUUGAGGACAUUGCACAAAGAUAUUGCUAGAUAUAACCAGAUUGAUAACUCUGAGGAUGCCCAGGAAGAGUUUGGAUGGAAGUUGGUGCACGGUGAUGCCUUCAGACCCCCUCGACGUGGAAUGUUGCUUGCUGUGUUCAAUGGCUGUGGUGUACAAAUGUUCUUCAUGACUUUGAUAACUUUAAUUUUUGCAUGUCUUGGAUUUUUGUCACCCGCUAAUAGAGGAGCUUUGAUGACUUGUGCCUUGGUAUUAUAUGUCUGUCUGGGAACACCAGCUGGAUAUGUGUCUGCCAGAUUGUACAAAACUUUUGGAGGAGAAAAAUGGAAGUCAAAUGUUAUCCUGACUGCCUUCUUAUGCCCAGGGGUAGUGUUUGCCCUGUUUUUCAUAUUGAACCUUGUUUUGUGGAUUGAGGGAUCUAGCGCUGCUAUUCCGUUCACCACCCUGCUUGCUCUACUCGCCCUCUGGUUUGGAAUCUCUGUCCCACUUACAUUUGUUGGAGCUUACUUUGGAUUCAAGAAAAGGCCUAUUGAGCAUCCAGUCAGGACAAACCAGAUCCCAAGACAGAUACCUGAUCAGACCAUCUACACUAAACCAUUGCCUGGAAUUGUCAUGGGAGGAGUGCUUCCAUUUGGAUGUAUCUUUAUUCAACUUUUCUUCAUCUUAAAUAGUAUUUGGUCAGCACAGACUUACUAUAUGUUUGGAUUUUUGUUCCUAGUGUUUGUUAUACUCAUUAUUACAUGUUCUGAAGCUACAAUCUUACUAUGUUACUUCCAUCUGUGUGCAGAGGACUAUCAUUGGUGGUGGAGAUCAUUUUUGACGAGUGGUUUCACUGCUGUAUAUUUCUUCAUCUACUCUAUCCAUUACUAUGUAUCUAAGCUAGAGCUUCAGGGUGGAGCCAGUACAUUCCUUUACUUUGGCUACAUGCUCAUAGUUGUAUUCUUGUUCUUCUUGUUGACUGGUAAGUUCUUAAACAUUGCUACAUUAAACAUGAGUAUUUACUAAUAUACUGAUUUUAAU